UAGAGCAGCCGGGCUCUCGAAUUGUUUUUCGCCAUAAAAAUUGCUUAAAAAGCUAGUUAACUAAAUUUUUAGCAAUAUUUUCGGCUUACACGUGUUUUUGCAGCAAUCUAAGAGCACAAAUUAGUAUAAUUAAACUUGCUAAAAGCCAAUUAUCGCCUACAACAAAUGCUAACACUCGCUGGAUGACGUCGUCGCAGUCGCUGUUGUCAAAAAGAGAAACCACAACAAUACAUUAGCAGACGUCACAGACAAGAUACAAAUCUUCCAGCAGUGCGCAGUUGCGCUACUGCUUUGUCUAGAAAAUGUUGGUGCGUGGCGGGCAGCUCUUGCAGCGCAGGCAUCGGCAGCUGGCAAGAGCGGCUAGCCAGUGGAUUGGGCAUGACAAUAAUACUUUGUGCUGCGCGUUGCAGCGCAACGAGUGUCUGCGACUGCAGGCGCGUAGUCGUCUAGGCGGAGGAGUUGGAUGUCGUUGGACGCAGCUGCGCACUAGCGCCAGCGACAGCAAAAAAUCUAGUGAGGAUAUUGAGCCAGCAUCAAAAGAGCCACAGCAAUCAGUUGCAAAAGAGAAUGUAAUUCAAAAAAGUUUUGAAGUGAAAACGCCAAAGGGCAUACUCUCCAUUACUACUACCAUAGAAGACUCGAAAAUCAAUGAAAUUGUAUUUGAAAAGUCUGAUAUAUCGCCGGCAGUAAGUAUAAUAAAUGUACCUGCAGACAACGCUGGAGUGGCAGACAUUGCGCCACCAAGCAAGCCAGCAGCGCGCAAGGCUGAAAAGGACUCAGCUAUCAAGUCUGCGGCAGCAACAGCUGCUGCUGCUGCUGCUCCUGCGCCAGUAGCAAAGCGACCGCGUUUUGACUAUCGCAGCUCGCUGGAACGCAACUUUGUUACACCCGCCAGAGCAGUUUCUGAUUUUAUACUCUCAGCUGCGGAUCUAGAGACGCUGCCAAAGAUCAAGCGACGCUCGCCGUAUGAACAAGAGCCGCCCAUGACAGUCUAUUGGCGGCGCGACGUUGAAGCCAAGGCCUUGGAAGUCUGGGGAUCGCGUGAUAAUCUGGUGCGCGAGCGUCUGCGACGUGAACUGGAGCGCAAGCAAUAUCAGCAAAAUGUGUUUACGGUCAAGCGGCGGCUGCGCGACUAUCGCCGAGAAAUGGGCUCACGCACGAAGAUACUGCUGGAUGAACGGCAGGAUACGGAAAAGUCUGGCCAGGUGGUAGCCACAGCCAUUGCUAUCAAUGCCGCCAACUUGCUGUUUAAGGCAGGCGGCUGGAUCUACAGUGGCUCACAUAGCAUGUUUGCUGAGGUUAUACACUCAUUAGCUGAUUUGAUUAAUCAGCUGAUACUUGCCUUUGGCAUAUACAAAUCAUCACAGGAGCCGGACAUGGAUCAUCCGUAUGGCUAUAUGAAUAUGCGUUAUGUCUCCUCGCUUAUCUCAGGCGUUGGCAUUUUCUGUGUGGGCAGCGGUCUUUCCAUUUAUCAUGGCAUUGAGGGCAUACUGCAUCCACAGCCUAUAGCAGAUCUCUUUUGGGUUUAUUGCAUACUGGCGGGCUCGCUAGUGUCGGAAGGUGCUACACUAGUGGUAGCUAUUAAUGAGCUUAAGCGUUCAGCGCGCCUCAACCAAAUGUCCUUUAAGAAUUAUGUGCUUUCUGGCAAGGAUCCGUGCGUUAAUGUAGUGCUCUGUGAGGAUGCGGCUGCUGUGGCUGGCGUCAUGAUUGCUGCCACAUGCAUGGGUCUGAGCAGCUAUACGGGUUCGCCGCUCUUCGAUGCCGCCGGCUCAUUGGUCAUAGGCGCUUUGCUAGGCGGCGUUGCUUCCUUUAUUAUAUAUACGAAUGCCAAUGCGCUGGUGGGAAUUUCUAUACCCAUGGAGCGCCUGGAGAAAAUGAAUACAGCGCUAGAGUCGGAUGUUAUGAUACGCGCUAUCUAUGAUGUCAAGGGCAUAGACAUAGGCAAUGGGCGUGUGCGCUAUAAGGCUGAGCUGGAUUUUGAUGGUCGUGAGUUGACGCGCUCCUAUUUGGAUAAACAGGAUCUAAACAAAUUGCUGGCGACUGUGCGUGGCUUUCGUAAUGUUGAAGACUUGGAAAUGUUUUUGCUGGACCAAGGCGAAAAUAUUGUGGACCUCAUGGGUGGUGAAAUAGAUCGCAUUGAAAUGAAUCUGCGCACUCAAUAUCCUGAAAUACGACAUGUCGAUCUAGAAAUACUCUAAUGGCUGCGCAUGCAAAUCAAAAUUUUUCGUUAGUUGCUAUUUAUUUCUGAAAGUAAAAAUCUUUUUGGACGCUAUUGUUUUUUUUAAAUAUGUUAACGCAGACUUUGUUUUUUUGCUGCAGCCCAAAUGUGAUGAUUUAUAAUGAUUGUGGCUGCAAGCACUUAACACAAAAAACCAAUUUAAAUUAAGCUUAAAAGUUUAGUAGUUGUUACAAAUCAGGCGUAGAACAUAAACUUCUCUAUG